AUGAGAAGAAUUCACCAUAUCGUUCCCACUCUGCCCUUAUGGAACCACCUUAUAUACCAGUUCAAUGCCACUGGCUUGGUUUCUCAGGUAUGGGACCUUUAUACUGAGAUGUUAUCUUCUGGGGUUUUGCCUAAUGUUUUCACUCAUAAUGUAUUGGUACAUGCUUGGUGCAAAAUGGGUCAUUUGAAUCUGGCUUUAAAUUUGAUUAGAAAUGUUGAUAUUGAUGUUGAUACUGUAACAUAUAAUACUGUUAUUUGGGGGUUUUGUCAGCAAGAUUUGCCUAAUCAGGGUUUUGGGUUUUUGUCAAUAAUGGUAAAGAAAGACACAUUCUUUGAUUCUUUCACUUGUAAUAUAUUGGUUAAAGGUUUCUGUAGAAUUGGGUUGGUUAAGUAUGGAGAGUGGGUUAUGGAUAAUUUGGUUAAUGGUGGGAUUUGUAAGGAUGUUGUAAGUUUUAAUACAUUGAUUGAUGGAUAUUGCAAAGUUGGUGAAAUAAGUUAUGCAUUUGAGUUGAUGGAAAGAAUGAGGAAAGAAGGUGUGUUUCCUGAUAUUGUUACUUACAAUACUUUGAUCAAUGGGUGCUGCAAAAGAGGUGAUUUUGACAAAGCUAAGAGUCUAAUUGAUGAGAUUUUGAGGUUUAGGAAGAAGAAAGAUAGUUCUUUUGGAAAAAUGGAUGAUGUCAAUGACGACAAUGGUAACAUGAAUUUGGAACCAAAUCUUGUUACACACACCACAGUUAUAAGUGCUUACUGUAAGCAGCAUGGACUCAGCGAAGGGCUUGCACUGUACGAAGAAAUGAUUUCGGAUGGAUUCUUGCCUGAUGUAGUUACUUAUAGUUCCAUUAUAAAUGGUCUUUGCAAACGUGAAAUGUUGACAGAAGCAAAGGCACUUUUAAGGGAGAUGGACAAGAUGGGUGUGAAUCCCAAUCAUGUUGUUUAUGCUACUCUCAUUGAUUCAUUAUUUAAAGCAGGGAGUGCUUGGGAAGCUUUUAUCUAUCAAAGUCAAAUGAUAGUCCGUGGAGUUGCGGUUGAUUUGAUGGUGUGCACCACACUGAUUGAUGGACUUUUCAAGGCUGGCAAGUCUGAUGAGGCUGAGGCCAUGUUUUGUACGCUUUCAAAGUUCAAUUUUAUUCCAAAUAACAUUACAUAUACAGCAAUGAUUGAUGGGCGCUGCAAGCUAGAAGACAUGGAUGGUGCAGAGUCUCUGUUGCAAGAAAUGGAGGAGAAACACAUUGCUCCAAACAUCAUCACCUAUUCUUCUAUAAUAAAUGGCUAUACAAAGAAAGGAAUGUUUGAUGAAGCUGUUCAUAUUAUGAAAAAGAUGGAGGAUCAAAAUAUCAUGCCAAAUGCUUAUAUUUAUGCUACACUAAUAGAUGGCCAUUUUAAGGCCGGUAAACCAGGGGCUGCUGUUGAUCUUUAUAAUGAAAUGAAAUUGAACGGAUUGGAGGGGAACAGUUUUAUAGUUGAUGCCUUUGUGAACAACUUGAAAAGGGGUAGAAAGAUGGAGGAAGCUGAGGGAUUAUGUAAAGAUAUGAUGUCCAAGGGCUUGUUGCUUGACCGUGUUAACUACACAUCUCUGAUGGAUGGUUUCUUCAAGGUAGGAAGGGAGUCAGCUGCACUGAGCAUGGUUGAAGAAAUGAGCAAGACAGGCAUUACACUUGAUGUUGUUGCAUAUAAUGUGCUAAUUAAUGGUCUCUUGAGGCUUGGCAAAUAUGAUGCACAAUCUGUUUAUUCUGGAAUGAGAGGGUUGGGUUUGGCUCCUAAUUGUGCUACAUACAACACCAUGAUUAAUGCAUAUUGCAAGCAGAGAAAACUGGAAAAUGCCAUUAAGCUUUGGAAUGAGAUGAAGGCUCAUUCAGUAAUGCCAAAUUCAAUUACUUUUAAUAUUCUGGUCAUAGGGCUUUCUAAAGCUGGUGAGACUGAAAGAGCAAUGGAUGUGUUGAAUGAAAUGUUGCUUUGGGGAAUUCACCCUAAUGCAACCAUUCACAGAGCUCUACUAAAUGCCUGUUCAAAAUGUAAAAGGGCUGACACAAUUUUGCAAAUGCAUAAGCGACUUGUUGGGAUGGGACUCAAAGCCAAUCAAGAAGUUUAUAAUAGCCUCAUCACAGUUUUAUGCAGCCUUGGUAUGACAAAAAGGGCCACUUCAAUAUUAAACGACAUGACUAAAGAGGGAAUCUCCGCAGAUACCAUUACUUACAAUGCCUUCAUACAUGGACAUUUUAUAAGCAGUCACAUUGAGAAGGCUCUUGCCACAUACACUCAGAUGUUAAAUGAAGGACUUUCCCCGGGUAUGGGAACUUACAAUCUCCUUCUGGGUGGUCUCUUAGCAGCAGGUUUGAUGGGUAAGGUAGAUGAAAUACUUGGUAAAAUGAAGGAAGGAGGCUUAGAUCCUGAUGCUUCUCUAUAUGAUACUCUAAUCUCCGGCCAUGGUAAGAUUGGAAAGAAGAAGGAAGCUAUAAAAUUUUACUGUGAAAUGGUUGCUAAAGGCCUUGUUCCCAAGACUAGCACCUAUAAUGUGCUUAUUAAGGAUUUUUCCAAGGCAGGAAAGAUGGAUCAGGCUAGAGAGCUUCUGAAUGAGAUGCAAGUGAGAAGGGUGCCUCCUAAUUCUUCCACUUACAACAUACUAAUAUGUGGCUGCUGCAAUUUAUCAACACGACCAGGACUGAACAGGAUAGCAAAGAAGACAUGCAGGACUGAGGCAAGAACAUUAUUUGCAGAGAUGAAUGAGAAAGGGUUCAUCCCAUGUGAUAAUACUCUAGCUUGUAUCAGCUCUACUUUUGCUAGACCUGGAAUGGUGGCUGAUGCGGAGAAUAUGUUGAAGGACAUUACUGCUGCUAUUGCAACACAGAAUCAUGGAUUGCUCUCGCUUAAAUCUUCAGAUGAAGAACUGUUCGUGGCAUCUGAAGAGUUGGAGCUGACAGAUGAAGAGAGAAAGGCAUUACACUACCAGUUUGCACUUGAAAGCAAACAAAGAAGUCAGUGCAUCCUUCUGAAAUGGGAAAAUAUUCAUGCUAUGCAUGGGCGAUGGAUGAGCAAUAUCAUCAUUCUACGCAUGGGCGAUGGAUGCUUUGCUAGAUUAUAA